AUGUUUAUACCAACUUGGAUAUUAUCUCUAUUAUUGUAUUUAUAUUUUACAAGUGAAUUAUAUUAUAACGAAAUUCAUGGCUUUGAAAUAGGUAAAAUAGAUUUUAAACCAGAAUUGAAAGCGAAUCAUGGCCAGAAUUUUACUCAAAUCACAUGUCGUAUAAAUCGUCCAAAACCAAAUGCAGAAGUCUACUUAACAUGUCCUGCCUUAAGAGAAAGUGCAACUCAUGGAAAUUGUUACCAAGGCUGUCAGCCGACCAAUCCUUGCGUUCACUCAACACAGUAUCAGUCUGGAUGUGUACCUCAUGACCAAACAGUAUUUUGUCAGAAAAUUGAAUUUCCUAAUGGUACUGUUGUAUUGAAUUUAAACGUGGACCGAACUGACAGACGACUGGCAGGUUUAUGGUCUUGUACACAUGCUGGUCUGGAAAGUACCAAGUUUGAGAUAGAAUUAAAAAGCUAUUCAAUUAUGAAUGAAGUUAGUCCACUUCCAAAACCGGUGGUGAAACAAGAGAAACAUGACUCAGGUACAAAGAUUUUACAAAACACACACUCUAGUCAAAAUAAUUUGGUCAACAAUCAAUCAACAUCUUAUAUGAGAAAACCGGAAGUAUUAUUUACUAUACUAUCGAUAUUGAUUUUAUCAAUUCUUAUCAAUUUGGGAUUCUGCAUUCGAUGUUUACUAUUUCGUUCCUAUAUUGAUGCAUCACAAGAAGGAUCAAGUAAGACAAGUUGCCUAGCUGCUUGUCUAUGUUUACCUGA